AUGUUGACCAUCAUGAUUUAUUCCAUCUUCUCCGACGACGACCAGAGGUCCUCCGCCUCCUCUGGAAACGACUCGAGUUCCUCCGCCUCCUCCGGAGACGACCGGAGUUCCUCCUCUGAUGACUACCCGAAGCUCCCUGUCAUCCUCCCGGACCUCCCUAACGAUAUCGUGUCCGACAUCUUAAAGCUUUUGCCAGUGAAGUCGCUCCUUCGGUUCAGGUCCGUUUGCCACUCAUUGCGAGACACCGUUGAUGACCCCAGUUUCGUGGCCCUCCACCUGAGCCAUUCUGCUCAUUGGCAUCUCACCUUUCUAAGUUGGGGCGAUACUCCGGGGACCUCCUGCUUUCUGUUUGCGGGUCAGUCCUUUUCCCCUUCACAUGCCACCUACCUGUUUCGUAGAACUUCCACGGCUUUACGCUUCGUUGAUUCACGUGACGGUUUGAUAUGCGUCACGCGAGUUUCCAGAGGAGAAAGCUAUGGAAAAUCAUUCGAAAUGUGGAAUUUAUUCACAAAAAGGGGAAAGGUCAUCCCAAGAUUUGGUCCCGAGCGUGAAUUUACUUCGGGAGGAACUUGUCGUAUUGUUGUGGGAUUUGCCUUUGAUGCUUCAAAAAAAGACUACAAGAUCGUGAGGAUUCUCCAUGAUCCAAUUGAUGAUAAUCGACGCUUGGGCGAGAUCUUUUCACUCUACACAGAGUCCUGGACAAGAUUAGAUUGUGAAGUUCCUUCAUUAAUUGGCUCCAGACCUGCGGUCUUCUUGAAAGGAAACCUACAUUGGUUCGUUUCCAAGGACGAUGAUCUGCAGAUGGAUCGUAAAAAUGGAUCUAUUAUCUGGUUUGAUGUAGCCAAUGAGGUUUUUGAUGAGAUGCCUCUGUCACAAGAGCUUAAGGACAGAGUUAGUGUCGAUAGAGAAGUCAUUUUAUAA